CUCGCCGUGCCCAUGUCUGGCUGGAGGUCCACACGGCGCAUUUUUCGCAGCCAGCUGAUCGGAUCCGAGAUUCGCUGAACAGCCGCAAAAAGGUGCCAGCCCCCCCGCUACCGGUCGAACAAGCCGGGGAAGGGAACGGGCGGCUGGAAUUGGAGUGUAGAUGCCCUCGGAUUGUUCCGACCGGCAGUCGGUCGGUCCGUUGUGUUGGAAGCCGCCGGGGAGAAAUGAACGGAAAGCCCUCCAAAAAAAGGACGGCGAAGACGCAAGAUGCAAGGCGGACUAGGACACGGGGCGGUGCAAGAUGUGGAAAAUCUGGGCGGGCGAAGAGGCCGUCGAAAAGGAAACAGAACGACGACGACGGGAGGACUCCGACUUACUUGACAUUUAUCGCCUGACGCAGCAGAUCGGCGGCCGAGUGCAGCUCUUGUGUCGCCAUGCUUGCGGUGCGUUGACGACGAGCUCCGGCAAGCGAGGAUAGAAGAGUGUCACGUUUGGUGGGCGUGGCAAUGCCUGAGGAGGUGGCGGACGCGGUCAAUGAGCUGAGUGUUGGGACGGCGGAGGAGCUCUUGGACGGCGAAUGCAGAGCAGCGGUUGGACGAGGUGCGUGGGUGGCGCCGAGAUUGAGGUUUCUCGUGGUCAACGUGACCCUGCAGAGGUCUCCGUCCACGCUGUCUGAAGACGAAUGGGUUAGAGACGGGGGAGAAGAGGGAGGAGAAAGAGAGCGGGGAGGAGGGAAAGAAAAGAAAGGAAAAGAUGGCGGAUGGAAAAAGAAGUCGCGGAGGCAGAACAGAAGGAGGAGGAGGAGGAGGAAGAAGAAGAAGAAGAGAGGCCAGGAAGGAGUGACGAUAUGGAGGUACGACGUCCGCGCUAAGGACGAGCAGAAGCGGGACGCAGCGCUUUACUGGGACAGGCGGGAGGAGGGAGGGGCAAAGUAA